AUGUCGACCAUAGAACCUACUGCUCAAGGACGCACCGGACCAACGUGUCCUCCCCAGUACAGCCCUUACGACUCGACGCGCCGUACGGUGGUCAACGAUAUCGAGGUGUACGUCUUCGCAUGGCCUUCGCGAGGCGGCGUCAUCAUCCUCGAGCACGCCGAGGCCUUGGACCUGGAGUUUCUCAGCUUGGACCCUCUCGAUCCGCCAGCCAAACGGUUCGACAGCCAACGCGAUGAAGACGCCCUCUGCCGACGCCUGCUCCUCCUCGGCGCCAAAUGGUGGGACAGCGAGGCGCGAUGGCGCUUCAUCAAGGCCGCCGACGAGCUCGACGACUCUGCGAUCGCGGCAUUGGAGGAAGAGGCAGAGCCGGCCCCAACGACGAGAGAGCGUCGAUGGGUGUCGGUCUGUUGGCCGACGGAAGGCGGUUUGUGGGUCUCAGAGUUCGAUACCAACCUCUGGGGCAUCGAGGAAGGGCAUAACGUCAUUCCCUCCGAUGCCACGAGGUUGAGGCUGUCUCGCACGAUGGACGAGAGGUGCCAGGUAUUGAAGGACCGUUUCAAUGGUAAAUUUUACAAGGACGUGAGUGAAUACAAAGGCCACGCAUUCAUCAAUAGCUGGGAUUGGAAAGAUGCGGGAGAAGUCGGCCCUUUAGUGAAAUAA